AAGGUCAUUGCUUCUGGAGAUCUCCAUUGCCUCCUCUUCUCCCAUCUUCAGAUCGUCUUUCAUCUUCGGAUCUGCAAAUUCAACAGCUUGCAAAUCCGAUACUUUUCUUGUUUUGUCGUUCCUAAUGUAUGCAGCACCCGAGCUAGAGGAUAUUUUGGUCCAUAUUGUUGGUAGAUCGCUUGAUUUGAAGUCUAUCAUGGCAAUCAAGCACCAAGAUGGACGGCAUAGUCGGGUGGUGUACAGAUAAGAAAGGACAAAGUAGGAAAAGUAUUGGAUCUGUAUUCAUAUGCUGCUUGAUUUGCAGAUCUGAAGAUGUGAAACAAAUCAAUCACCAUAGGAGCAUAAACCAUUCCUGAUCUAUCCGGCUCUAGGACUUUGGCGUUAGUAGAUGAUCCUUAGGAUUAUGAGAAAUGCCAACGGCGGAAGCAGGUUGCCAGAAACCAUAUGCUCUGCUUUAAGUCAAGGUAACUUUUGUCUGCUUAUGAUUCCAACUUUGUUCUUUUGCUUGUUGAUCUGUUUUAGUUUUAGUCUACCAACUUUUCUGCUUAGCUCCUCAAUCUGGAUUUAGGUUGAACAAUUAUCAAAUGCAUGUUGUCUUUGAGUUUCUCUUAUUUCUAUGUGUUCUUUGUGAUGCUAGAAUUGGUUCUAUAAGAUAUGUUGUUUUCCUUCUUUUCUUUUAACCCCUUUCAUAUCCUUGGUGCUUUCUUAUUGGCAAACGUACGUUGUGGACCAAAAAAAAGUUUUGGGUAAGUUUGUCAAAUUGCAGUCCAUCUAGGAAAUUGUAAAAUCGAAAAGUGUAUUGCAGACUACUGUGUUAGAAACUUAGAAGCUAAAAUAUAGGCCUUUGAAUAAGGGAUGAGCAGUGAG